GAUUAAAAUGGGAAGGUAGCCUGCUUAAUACUGGGGCUGAAUUGCUCACAUAGGGCGUAGGUGUUCACAAACUACAACUGCCUUCUUUCUAAGAGUCUGCUACAUAACUGUCAUGGUAUCACAACCAGAACAUUCUAUGCAUGACUUUGAAUGCUGCAGAAAUGGAAAAAGAAAAUAUGCAAAUCCAAGGUGCUUUAUAGCAUUUGUGGUGUUUAUAUCAUUCCACACCAUGAUGUUUGGCAUAUUUGGAUUAUGGAAAAGCAAUUCAUGGAGUCAACACCUACCUAUUAAACCGUUCACUGACAAAUCUAAUGGUCUUCGGCGUAACCUACAAAGCAUAUCACCACUGCAGGCUGAGAUUCUCAACAAAUUCCAGCUUCCUACACAUGGUCACAAACCUACAGUUGUCAAAAGGUACAAGUCUAUGACAACAAAUGAGGAACUUAAACAGAAGUGUUCAACGUGUGCUAUUGUUUCAACUUCUGGUCAGAUGUUGAACACAAAAGCUGGUCACAUGAUCAACAAUGCUUCAUGUAUCAUCAGAAUGAACCACGCCCCCACAGAACAUUACAAAGAGGAUGUUGGCUCUAGGACUACCAUUCGGGUAAUAUGUCACAUGUCAACAGAGAAUGUAAUGGUGAAUGCUGAAGGUAUUUUAAGUGGAGAUGGCGCUCCAGAGAAAGUGCUGUUUUUUGGCUUAAACGCCAACAAUCAUAGGUGGGCUAAGAUGAAUGCCUAUAAACUUAUGAAACAAUUUCCAGAUGUUGAUUACUAUAGUCUGGACAAGUUUGGUGAACUCAAUGCAGAUAUUAUAUUUGAAUUGGAAACUGGCAAAAGCAAAAAGAAUACAAAUACGUGGUUGUCGACUGGUUGGUACACCUUUCUUGUUGCCAUAGAUAUGUGUGAGGAAAUUGAUGUCUAUGGUUUUGUCGAUGAAAACUAUUGCAGAAAACAUCCCCACAAGAAAACUAAAUACCAUUACUUUCAGUCUUGGGAUAAACCAGAUGAGUGUGACUAUUACCGUAGUCAUGAAAACGCCUCCUUGAUUGGAGGUCAUCGCUUCCUUACAGAAAAGGCAGUGUUCAGUCGUUGGGCACAUUUGUAUAAUAUCACAUUCCACUACCCACCAUGGAAUAUCAGUAGGACAUCUGAGGCGCCUGUUGUUGAUACACCGUGGGUGAGAAAAGUAGAGGAGGAAAAAAGCUUGCCGUUGAUGUUAUUUCAGAGUUUUGCACAAUGGGCAUUUGGCUCAAUGUAUUAGGGUGAGAAUGCUUGGAAAUGAGACAAGAAGAGGUAAUAAUGCUUUAAAAAAAAUUAUGGUGACUAUCUACUGAAGUGCUAUUUUUUCAUUUUUAAUGCUCUUAGACACCUAGCUUGUAUACUUGCAAGCAUAGAAAAUCUGUUAAUCAUCUGAACAUCUUUAUCUUUAAAUUGUUCUUUACUUAUAAAAUCUCUAGUGAUUCACAAAGCAUACCCUAUACAUACUCCAAGUUAAAAGCCAACAAGGUGAUCAGUGGCAGUUGUGGAACCAAAGUGAAGUACCAUGCUUAUUUCCUCACUAAAAUUGAUUAAAACACUGUCCCUUUAUCUUCCUUCCCACCCUUAAAAAUUAUAGGCUUUUGUAGCACUAGAAUCCAGCCAAGCUUAAUGAGAUAGAUGCUGGUUUUCAAUUGCUUGUCUUUUAUUUAUUUUGAUAUAUCUGUAUUGCCAGUGUGAAAUAAAAAAAAAAAAGGUAAUGUCCACACCAAAAUGGUGAAGUAGUCAAAUUUUAAAAAGUGCUUUAGAAAAUGAUCUAUAAUAUAAUU